GUAUUCUUCAUCUCCUCCAUUCCUUCCUUGUCACUUACCAUCAUCUAGACUCUAUCAUGGCGCCUGCUGAUAUCGCGGUGCCAACGUCGAUUCUCGACACGGAUCUCUACAAAUUGACUAUGCAAGCUGCCGUGUUGGACCAUUUCCCGACAGUGACAGCAGUAUACAAGUUUACUCUACGCGAUAAACAAAUAUCCUUCACGCCUCAUUUUGUCGACAUUCUCAGAGGCGUCGUAUCUUGUUUCGCCGACAUUACUCUACAGCCAGCCGAGCGUGAAUGGCUUCAAUCAGCCUGCUCCUACUUCUCGCCUGAAUAUAUAGACUAUCUCUCGGCGUACCGUUUCAAGCCUGAGCAAGUACAAAUCACGUUUGUCCCAUCCGCAGACAACAGUGAGCGAGGCACUAUUGACAUUGUCAUGUCUGGUCCGUGGGUUGAAACCAUUCUUUGGGAGGUUCCCAUCCUCGCUUGUGUAAGCGAGACGUACUACAACACAAUAGAAGAGGACUGGAACUAUGAUGGACAAGAAGAUAUCGCGUACAGCAAGGCUAAGGCUCUCAAGGAAGGUGGCUGCGCGUAUAUGGAGUUCGGCACCAGACGCAGGCGAACUUUUCAUGCGCAAGAUAUCAUGGUAGGUGCUUUGAUACGCGCCUCUACCGAAGUGCAGGGCAAAGGAAGGUUGAUGGGAACCAGUAAUGUUCUUUUAGCUCACAAAUACGGUAUAGCACCGAUGGGAACGAUUGCUCACGAGUGGUUCAUGGGGGUUGCUGCCCUGAAGGGGUAUGAAACGGCAAAUACGCUGGCUCUGGAACUCUGGGAACAGACUUUCCCCGACUCCAAAGCACUCGUUGCGUUGACAGAUACGUUCUCAACUGGCGCUUUCUUCGAGAGUUUCAUUAAAGUCCCCGAACUCGCUCGUCGGUGGACGGGGCUUCGACAAGACUCCGGUGAUCCCUUUAUCUUCUCACCGCGCGCUAAAGCAGUGUACGAGAAACUGGGUAUCGACCAUCGCACGAAGACCAUUACCUUUUCGGAUGCGCUUGAUGUUGACAAGGCGCUCAAACUGCAAAAGCAGUCGGAGGAGAUCGGAUUUAAAGCCUCGUUUGGAAUAGGAACGUUUCUUAGUAACGACUUCUUCAAGGCAUCAAGCGGAGGCAAGGAGAAGAGCAAAGCAAUGAAUAUGGUCAUCAAACUCGCUUCCGUUGACAACAAACCUUGCGUGAAGAUUAGUGAUGAUCUGACUAAGAACACUGGAGACGAAGCGGAGGUACAAAAGGUGAAACGAUUUUUUGGAUUACCUGUUUGAAUUUGGGAGAGCUUCAGUUUCGUUGGAUGUUAGAUGGACCCGCCGUAGACCAACCAUGUAUUCAUAUAUUAACGUGAUAGAAUUUGUACAAUGGACUGGUCUAUGUACUUAUCUGCGGCUGAUUCGCGGAUGUAUGAUAAUGGCGUCACUGAGGCGCCACAGCAUCGGCCCGAUAUCCGAGCCUACUCAGGGUUGCGGACGAAACAGAACCAAACUUGCGGC